CUGUUAUAUUCCCAAUGCCUAGUUGCCCGGUGGAGGUCCUAUUCGAUGCUGAUCAUUACCCUGAGGGGCCCAACAGGAACUUCAAGGAAGCCUCCGAGCAGGAGCUCUUGGAUGAGUUCCUCCCCAAAUUCGAAGGGAAUCGACAAUUGAAAAACCAUCUUGACAGUUUGAUCAACAUACUCGACCUCAAGGAUAACACUGUGAGUGUGGAUGUUGGUGCUGGCACUGGUCUCCUCACACGAGAGUUGGCCCGACCUGUCGAUGCUAAAGUGUAUGCCACGGAGAUCUCUCAAGGGUUCCUGGACUAUCUGAAGAAGGACGAUCGCAUUGACAAGGAAAAAGUGCAUCUCAUCAAGUGUACAGAAGAGAGCCUCUGCCUCCCUGAGGCGGUGAAGGGCACCGUAGACCUCGUUCUGGUCUGCGAUGUCUAUCAUCAUUUUACCCAUCCCAACGCAGUUCUGAGUGACAUGAAGGCCGCUCUCAAGAAUGAAGGCAGGCUCGUUCUCGUGGACUACUGGAGGGACCCCAACAAGUCGAGCAAAACUGAUAAAAACUGGGUUUUCACACAUAUACGAGGAGAUAAGGAAGACUUCGUCCGGGAGAUUGUCGCGGCUGGCUUCCGCGUUGUCGAGGAGCCGGAGAUUCAAGGAGUAGAGGAGAACUACGUUGUUGUUUUCAAGAAGGCACUCUGAUGAUGUACACAAUGUUUGGAACUUCCUAACGCCACGUUCCUUUAUUGGCUAUGUUUCCACUCAA